GGCGCUUGCCGGAAGCGGAAGCCGCUGCCGCUCCUCCCGGGGAGCGCCACGGCCAGGAGGAAGCGGUGUCGGCACGAGCCCAUCGGCGAUCUGAAACAGAACUAACUGUUGCUUGCUGUGAUGCAGUAGUGCUAUAAAAUGGCUAAAAGAGUGGCAGAGACGGAACUGACUGACAGAAACUGGGAUCAAGAAGAAGAAACGGAAGAGGUAGGAACUUUCUCAGUGGCCAGUGAGGAAGUUUUGAAAAACAGACCAAUUAAGAAGGCAAAGCGUAGAAAUGUGACGAAUGAGUCAGAAGGUGGCGGAGCUUUUAAGGGAUUUAAAGGUUUCGUUUUACCCUCUGGGACUAGUAUUUUUUCUGGUUUCGGGAAUGGCUCUGGAACAAAAUCUUUCGGAGGGUUAUCCAAUGGUGGCGGCAGCUCCAGCAGCAUUACACACAGCGCUUCGCUCUCCAGCUUAAAGACGACUUCCGAAACAGAACCUACAUUUAGUUCUGUGGUCUCCAGCGGCUCAGCAAAUAAUGUGACAGUUGAGAAAGCCUCUGCACAUGCAGAAACCAAUGGCGAGAAUCCAGAGCCCUUGUCUCCCGGACUCACUCAGAGCAAAGCCUGCAACUCGAAGAGCUAUCAUAAACAGUUGGCCGCCCUCAAUUGUUCUGUACGGGACUGGAUAGUCAAACAUGUCAAUGCCAACCCGCUCUGUGACCUGACCCCCAUCUUCCAUGACUAUGAGAGAUACUUGGCUGACAUAGAGCAACAGGGCCUCGCUGGCAACAGCAGCUCUGGAAGCAGCAGCAGCAAAGCCACCGAAACUCAGCCUCGUCCUUCUUUUGGGAGCACCGCCCUUCCGCAGGCCUCCACGUUUUUGUUCAACAGCAGCAAAUCGGAGGAGGUCCUCGGGAAGAAAACGGAAUUGGAAAAGAAAAUAGAACUCAAACCGGCAGCUGCCUCCACCACCACCUUGUUCGCUUUUGGCAAAAGUGACAAAUCUGGUCCGAGUUCAGGGACGGCAGGGUCUGGAUUCUCAUUUUCCUCUGGAAAUGGAGGUUUGUUUGGCAAAGAUGCAAGCCAGACCAAAGUGGCUUCUUCCUUUUCCAAUAAUGCAUUAGAUGCUCCGGCCGAAAAAGCUGGCAACGCACAAACAGGGGGUGAUGAAGAGGAGGAAGAGCCACCUAAAGUAGUCAUUAACGAAGUCAAAGAAGAGGACGCCUUUUACUCAAAGAAGUGCAAAGUCUUCUACAAGAAAGAUAACGAAUUUAAAGAAAAAGGAGUAGGAACGUUACAUUUAAAACCUGCCAGUAAUCAGAAGACUCAGUUAUUAAUACGGGCAGAUACCAACUUAGGCAACAUAUUGCUGAACAUUUUGCUGCCUCCCAAGAUGCCGUGUUCGAGAACAGGGAAGAACAACGUUCUCAUUAUUUGUGUCCCCAACCCCCCCAUCGACGAGAAGAAUGCCACAGUCCCUCUGCCAAUAUUGAUAAGGGUGAAGACAAGUGAAGACGCAGAUGAGUUGCACAAAAUUUUGCUGGAGAAAAAAGAGGAGGUCUGAGACUUGGCGUUUCCAGCGUCACGUGGAAACGCCGCCAAAACCGCUGCUGCUCUUUCCCCCCACUUGACUCUUUAGUAGUAAACUUUUUAACUCAUCGCUCUCAUAUUUUAAGGACCGUCUUAGAAAUUCUGAAGGGUUUGAAUGAGGGAAAGAAAUAGAAGGUGGGGCCGAUGAAACUUGUAACCUUAGCAUGGAUCUUUUCUCCCCUUCUGAUUUCGAAAUAUCUACUGUGCAAACCAUCUGUCAAUAAAACGUGCGUACGAAAUGCAAAAAAACAAAAAAAAAAAUCUUUAUUGGUUGUAUGUGAAAAUUUAAAGUUGCUAAAAGCCCCCUAAUUAGUAUGUAUUCUAUAUAUAGAAACAGUAUAACAAGCAAAUUAUUUAGCUGAGAGAAAGAAAAGAAAAAAGAUAGCUAAA